CCUUGCCACCUUCGCGUCCUUCAACCACUCUGUCUUGCUCCCUUCCACCACCACUCUCAAGCUUUUCUCGCGUUCUACCACUAGCAAUUUAUCGAUAUGUCUGGCAAGGGAAAAGCUGGCAAAUCUUCUUCUGGCAAGGCUGGUGGUGAGCCGGGCAAGUCGCAGUCCCGCUCGGCGAAGGCUGGCCUCCAGUUCCCCGUCGGUCGUGUCCACCGUCUCUUGAAGAAGGGCAACUACGCACAGCGUGUGGGUGCAGGUGCACCUGUCUACCUUGCCGCUGUCCUGGAGUACCUCGCUGCCGAGAUCUUGGAGCUGGCAGGCAAUGCCGCUCGUGAUAACAAGAAGCAGCGUAUCGUCCCGCGUCACUUGCAGCUUGCAAUCCGUAACGAUGAGGAGUUGAACAAGCUGCUGGGUGAUGUUGUCAUCAGCCAGGGUGGUGUCGUACCCUUUAUCCUUCCCGAGUUGCUCCCAUCAAAAUCGAACAAGGGCAAGAAGGAGGGUGCCUCGCAGGAGGUGUAAACGUCCGAGCGUCGCGUUUCUGUCACGAUUUUGUCAGGAUUGUAUUGUGUAUUAGUUCGUGUCCUACUGUGUCUCUUAAUCCGCGUCGUAUGUGUAUGUCUAUGAGCAAUCCAUGCCGGAUGACCCCAGGA